AUGGCAGAUUCAGAAUCAUAAAUCCUGUUAAAAAUUUUGUCUGUAGGAGACACUUAAGUUGGAAAAUCAUGCUUGAUAAAGAGAUAUUGUGAAGAGAGAUUUGUCAAUAAAUAUAUAACAACUAUAGGAGUUGAUUAUGGUGUGAAAAAAAUGGCAGUCAUGGGGAAAAAAACUGCAGUAAACUUCUUUGAUCUCAGUGGAGAUGAUGAUUAUGAGGAAAUUAGAAACCCUUUCUUUAAAGAUGCAUAAGGAGUUAUAUUAGUUUUUGAUUUAGAAAAUAGAGAAUCAUUUACUAACUUAAUAAAAUGGGAAAGAGUUAUGAAAGAAAAUGGACUUGAUUUUGCUCGCUCUGUCAUUUUCGUAGUUGGAAACAAAUCUGAUGUUCGUUCUAAAGAUGUAGAACAAAGUGAAAUCACAGCUUUUGUAAGAAAAAGAGGAUGGGAAUACUUUUAAACUUCAGCAAACACUGGAGAUAAUGUUAAAGAAUUAUUCGAAAAGCUCUUCUAAAAGUGCGUUGAUAUGUUAGAAACUCAGAAACAAAAAUUGAAAUGA